AGAGAGAGAGAGAGAGAGAGAGAGAGUCUCCGAGAGAGAGAGAGAGAGAGAGAAUGGGGGAGGAGGGGGAUGCGCAGAGGAUAAAGAGGAUCGCGGCGGGCGCAUACGACUACGAGAGCGACCCACGAUGGGCAGAGUAUUGGUCGAACGUGCUCGUGCCCCCCAACAAGGCCUCUCGAUCCGACGUCCUCGACUACUACAAGCGCAAGUUCUACCAGCGCUACAUCGAUCCUGAUUUUGUGGUUGAGCCAAUGUCUUCAAACAGUUCCUCCCAGUCUCAACAAGCUAGACCAUCUGGAAGAUCAGCACCACCAUCAUCAUCGUCAUCAUCACCAGCUGCUGCUGCUGCUGCUGGUGCCGAAAAUACAAGACCUCAUGAAUCAGGACCCAAUUCUGGAACAACUGCACCACAAGGCAGGGCUGCAAAUGCCUUGCGGUUGGAUCGACGGUCUAUUCAUUUUUCUGUGAAUGCUUGGGUGUUAGUUGUUGCUGUGCUCGGUAUCCUUCCUGUUGUACCGAGACAUCUUUCUAACAAGGCUUAUCGACUGUCAUUGCUGGGCACCACUUGUUCCUCGUUUUAUUCUCUCUACACUCUAUAUGGGAAACCAAGGGCUUGGAAUCUGCCUGCUGUCCAAACAUGGUUUCAAACUAUAAUUGCAACCAAGGAUUUUAUCCAUCUAAUCUACUGUCUCAUGUUUGUUACAUCUCAACUACACUUCAAGUUUGCUUUGAUACCUGUGCUUUGCUGGGCACUUGAACAUGUUGCUAGAUUCCUUAGACGAAAUUUCACCCGUUCCUCUAUAUACAGGAGAUACUUGGAGGAACCUUGCUUGUGGGUUGAGGCAAACACAACAACACUCAGCAUUCUAAGUGCAAAUGCAGAGAUUGCAUUGGGCUUUCUUCUGAUCUUAUCGCUGUUCUCGUGGCAACGGAACAUCAUUCAAACUUUCAUGUAUUGGCAGUUGCUGAAGCUAAUGUACCAUGCUCCUGUAACUGCUGGUUAUCACCAAAGCGUGUGGGCGAAGAUUGGUCGGACCGUUAACCCCUACAUCUACCGCUAUGCACCCUUCUUAAAUACCCCCGUGUCUGCUGUUCAGAGGUGGUGGUUCAGGUAGAAUGGAAAGAUAAAUAGGUAGAUCAGAAGAAACUCGCGACUUCUUCGGUUUUGUACUUCAGAAUAUUCUAUUCCACUUAUGAAAAUUCUACAAAAAGAAACAGCUUUAGCAGUUGGAUGCUUUUAAAACUACAUCGUAGUGUAUGUUUCUAUUCAGUGUAUGUUUCUAUUCAGUGAGCUCUUUAAUUGCAUAUGGAUUUUUGUAAUCAUUUAGCACAACUGUUAAAAAAAAAAAAUGCACUUUCGCUGGAGAAUCCAA